AUGGCCCAGCCCGGGGAAAGGCUGCCAGAGGGAGUCCGAGGCAGCUCCAGCGCAAGGCCCGUAGCCCGGUUUGGUGGUGGGUCCCACGAGCCCGAGGAAGCCCAAGGGCAAGUCUUGCCCGGGCUGAAGCCCGAGUUGGGUGACGUCAGCACUGGCGUCACGCUGACGCCAGCGCACGUCGGAGGCUUGUGGUCAACGAAUGAAGAUAUUGCGUUGUGUCAAUCUUGGGUGAACAUUAGUCAUGACCCUAUCACGGAUGGUACAAGCACAAAUGUGGUUCGGUGCCAUGGGGCAAGGCAAAAAAAGUUUCGUGCAUUUCCAAUGUUGGGAAAUUGUGAAGGAUUGUUCGAGAUUCAAAAUUAUUCCCACCGGUCCGCGGUUGUGAUGAAUGAGACGCCACUCCACGAUUCAACAUUAACCGAUUCUCCAUUGGACUCCCCAAUGGAAACGGAGUCACCAUUUGUGCCACGUCCGCCAAGACCUAUUGGGAGAAAGGCGGCAAAGGCCAAGAGAGGGGCCACUUCGACCAAUGAUUGUGUACAAUUAUUGGAGCAAAUAGCUAAGAGCACCUCACUAAGAAUCGAGAGAGACUUGAAAAGAGAUGAAAUGGACAUGGCACGAGAGGAAGCAUUUGUUCUCCAACAACAAAUGGCACAAGAAAAAGACAUAGAGGAUAGGGAGAUGAAAAUCAUGGCUAUGGAUAUGAGCCAUAUGUCUCCUGAAACAAAGGCCUAUUGGAAGCUACGACGAAGAGAUGUGAUGAGGAAAAAACUUUUCAAUGACGACGAACCUAGCAAUACGGAUUGGUUAAAUGAUGAAAACCAUUAG